AUGAAUUCCAAGCUGUUCAUCACCAUUCUUGCCCUACUUGUUCAAGUACCGCUGCCGUCACAACAAGAGGCGAAUGACUUUGUCGAAGUCUGCAGUGGAGAAGGACAACUCAGCCGUGCAUUGUGGUCGUGUAAAUUCCAGGGGAAAGCUUUUGAUGUGUUGUACUCCAAGAACCACAACUUCUUGAGGACGGUGGGAUUCAUGGCAGUGCUGUCAGCUGUACGCAACACGCGGAGAGGUGGUUUGCUGUUCUUUGCGCCACCAUGCAGUACUUGGGUGUUUUUGUCGUCCCCAUCGACAGGGCGCAGCUGGCUAACACCGGAAGGUUUCGGUACCAGGUGUGUGGUAUUGGCCAACAUCUUUGUAAUGAGAAUGUUGUAUAUUUUGUUCUAUGCCUGGCGACGGGGCGUCUAUGUAGCUAUUGAGCAGCCCAUCAGUUCAGUACUCUUCGAUUGGCCACCUGUGAAAAGACUGUUGUCGUUUAUUGGUGCGAGGAAAAUAACAUUUCCCAUGGGGAGUUAUGGAAGUCCAACAUUGAAAUAUACAACGAUUUGGUCCACUUUACCUGGGAUUUCGAGCCUUCGUCGCCCUCUGGAUGUGAAACAGUUGCGUCUGAGCCUAGCGAGGAACUCUGUGAAUCUUGUGAAGAAGACGGUGGACAAGAAGGGUCGCCGCAGAGUGGCGGGUAUCAAGCGUGAGCUGGCUCUAUCGGCCAACUACCCCAGGGAGUUCGGGCUGGCAUUGGCGGCCCUUUUGCCUCGUCCCGGGGUUCGGCCAACUGAUGAUGCUGUUGAUUUGACAUAUCCCAAUGGGUCAGACCACCUUGGGUCCUUGGAUGAUCUUACAAAGGGGCCAACAAAAGCUUGGUGGCGAAAGCAUACUCGGUCGGGGCUGAUGGGUGGUAAGCUGAUGAAAUCUUAA